AUGAUUUCGCACCCCACUAAGGUGCCUCUAGAAUUCUCGCAGUCGUCUAGACGGCGCAACUCGUCUCAUCUCAUCUCAUCUCAUGUCACGCAACCCGUCGGCCGUCAUGCCCGCUGCUGCUCAAUAAAGCCUCCUGGCUGCUGCUCGGAGUCGUCAGAAAGAAGACGGCUGAAAACUCGGGGCUGCUCGAUUGAAUCUCACGGCGAAGGACUGAGAUGGGCCGAUUUGGACCACUUGAUCGAACGAGAACCUGCUAAGGAAGUCGCGCGGCUGAGAUGGUUCGCCGGCGAUGGCUGGGAAUAUCUCGAUGGCCUCUCGUGGUCUCCUCUCGACUUGAACCGGAAGCGACAAACGGAGGGCCACCUGCUGCUCGCGUUACGCCGCAAUUGCAGAGAAGAGAUGCGUGACGAUGCCGAGUCGAAACCGGGUGCCGAAAUGCUUGGCUUAAUCUUAAAGUCUCUUCACAUCCCUGUGCUAAUGUGGAUUCAAAUCCUUGCGCUGUUUCUCCAUUGCUCUGACGAUUUUCAAGGGUCGGUAUCACCCCCGUUUUUCUUUGGAUCACCUCCUUGCAGAGCCUCAAAUCCUGUUGUGCAAGAUGCUUGUUUUGGGAUUGAACCAAAUAACCUAAGUUCCAUUCGCAAAUCCUCUAAUGAUUCUGCUGAUAAUGGUAGAAAACAGUUGGGUAAAGAACAAAUAGCCGUGAGAAUUGAAGGCUUUGAUUGCCCAAAUACCCGUGCUGUUGCCAUGUCAAAUUCGGAAUUGUAG